CGAUUUGUGCCUGAAUAAUAUUUCGCGGGAGAGUAGCAGCUCGCGACGGGCUCUCUGCUGUCAACACGGACGAUUACGGUGGCUAAAUUCACAACACGAUGAGUUUGUGGGUGGACAAAUAUCGACCGACUUCCCUCGGGAAGCUCGACUACCACAAAGAGCAGGCGGCUCAGCUGAAAAACCUGGUUCAGUGUGGUGACUUCCCACACCUGCUGGUGUACGGACCGUCAGGCGCAGGAAAGAAGACCCGCAUCAUGUGUCUGCUGAGGGAACUGUAUGGAGCUGGUGUGGAGAAGCUUCGCAUAGAGCACCAGACCAUAGUGGCUCCUUCAAAGAAGAAAAUUGAGAUCAACACAAUAGCCAGCAACUAUCACUUGGAAGUCAAUCCGAGUGAUGCAGGAAACCAGGACCGUGUAGUGAUUCAAGAGCUGAUUAAAACUGUGGCUCAGUCUCAGCAGAUCCAGUCAAGCACCCAGAGAGAUUUCAAAGUGGUGUUGCUAACAGAGGUGGACAGACUCACGAAGGACGCCCAGCAUGCUUUGCGCCGGACAAUGGAAAAAUACAUGUCCACCUGCCGCCUCAUCCUCUGCUCCACCUCCACCUCCAAAGUCAUUGGGCCAAUUCGGAGCCGUUGUCUGGCUAUCAGAGUUCCUCUGCCGAGCACGGAAGAGGUCUGUACCGUUCUGACAUCAGUCUGUAAAAAGGAAGGUUUGCUCCUCCCGCCUGAGCUGGCCAAGCGAAUCAGUGAGAAGUCUGGUCGUAACCUCCGCAAAGCUCUUUUGAUGUGCGAGGCCUGCAGAGUGCAGCAGUAUCCAUUCUCAGCAGACCAAGAAGUCCCAGAGACGGACUGGGAGGUGUACCUCAGAGAAACAGCUAAUGCCAUUGUCAGCCAGCAGACCCCUCAGAGGUUGUUGGAGGUUCGAGCCAGGCUGUACGAGCUGCUCACUCACUGCAUUCCUCCUGAGAUCAUUAUGAAGGGACUGGUGACAGAGUUGCUGAAUAACUGCGAUGGCCAGCUGAAGACAGAGGUGGCCCACAUGGCUGCUUACUACGAACACAGGCUGCAGCUGGGCAGCAAAGCUAUCUACCACCUUGAGGCCUUCGUUGCCAAGUUCAUGGCCAUCUACAAGAAGUUCAUGGAAGAUGGUCUGGAUGCCAUGAUGUUUUGACUCUGAAUGGACUGAUACUUUUCCUGGCAGGAGUUCAGCAGCCCUCAUUAAUUUCUUGUUUUUCUUGAUAUCUUUCCUUUUUGCCCCAACAGACUAUCAGAGGACUGCAUAAAUAAUAAAUCAAUAGUGUUACACUUGGUGGCUUUAUGCCAUGGACUUUUGCCCUAAACUUCAGCACUGUGCACAGUAGAAACUUGAACUGUCACUCUAGUGGUGUAAAAUAUGUAAUUCAAACAGAGCAGCUCUGAUAAUGUCUGUUGCAGGUAAAAAAAAAAAAUACACUGCAAGGACAAGAGAGGUUUUCCUAAAAAAUCUACAUCAGAA